CAGCCAUGGGCAAGUUCAUGAAGCAAGGGAAGGUGGUGCUUGUCUUGAACGGAAGAUUUGCUGGCCGUAAAGCUGUCAUUGUGAAGAACUACGAUGAUGGUACACAAGAGAAGGGUUAUGGUCAUGCCCUAGUAGCAGGCAUUGACCGAUACCCACGCAAGGUUACCCGUGACAUGGGCAAGAAGAAGACCAAGGAUAGGUCCAAGAUGAAGACUUUCAUGAGAGUAUACAACUACAACCAUCUUAUGCCCACAAGAUACUCUGUUGAUGUGAACUUGGACAAAUCCUCUGUCAACAAAGAUGCUUUCAGGGACCCAGCUCUUAAACGCAAGGCUAGGCGAGAUGUCAAGGCUAAGUUUGAGGAAAGAUACAAGACUGGAAAGAACAGAUGGUUUUUCCAGAAGCUGCGAUUCUAAAUAAAAAAAAAAUGUACAGUA